CAAUUUGUGUGCGCAGGAAGGAAACGCAAAGGUGUAGCUCCCAUGCCACGAUCCCAAACUUUCGCGGAUUAGUGACCAUUUCACUGGAAACUAUUGCAGUGAGCAGGCAGAUUACCGACCGCUCUCCCUGAAGACUCGUAACUGAGCAGAGCUGCUGAAGCAGGGUUGAUUUGAGGAAACGAGAUGAAGUGUGUUUGGGUUCUGUUCUUCCACUGGUCUCUCUCAGGAGCUGAGUGGUUUAAAAUAGAGAAGGGUCCAGAUACUGUUGUUACUGCUCUUGGUUCUGGCAUCGUUCUGCCAUGUUCCCUCACACCCACCAUGAGUGCUGUGGACAUGGAAGUGAAGUGGAGCAGACAGGCUCUAGGAAAGAAACUGGUGCAUCAUUAUAUGAACAAAGAAGACAAGAAUGAAGAUCAGGAUCGUUCCUACAGAGGGAGAACAGCUCUGUUUAAAGAGGAGCUACAGUAUGGCAACACCUCAUUGCUACUGAAGGACGUUACAGUGUCUGAUCCUGGACAGUACACAUGUGAAGUUCAGGGCAAAGGCGCCUAUGAUAAAAUCACUGUUAAGGUCAUUGUUGAAGCUAAAGGAACACCUCCAGAGAUCUCUGUGGUGGGCACUGAUGAUGUCUCAGGGGGGAUCCAGCUACUGUGUGAAUCUAAAGGCUGGAAUCCUGAGCCACAGCUGCAGUGGCUGAACAAUGAAGGAGCUGAACUGCCUGCUGAACCUAUAGAGUCACACAGAGACAAUGGAGGCUUUAACGUGGGACUGCGCGUCACCGCGUACAGGCGCGCCACCGACAAAGUCACCUGCAGAAUGACGUGGAGGAACCACGUAAUAAAUACACCGAUGGACAUUACUGGUAUCGGAACAAAUCCAAAUAUCACUGAGGAGAGCACAGAUAGCCCAGGGACCAGGCUGCUGUGUGAAACUAAAGGGUGGAAGUCUAAGCCUGAACUGGAGUGGCUCAGUGGUCAAAGAACUAAAUUGACUGAUAAUGUGGCAGAGUCACAGGAAGUCAACGGGCUCUACACUGUAAAGCACCGCGUCACUGCACACGGCAGUGGAACCUACAGCUGCAGUGUCAAACAGUAUCCCAUGAUGGAGGCGCGCAAGUACAUUUCUGACUCUUCACAACCAAAGGACACUGGUAAUACUUAG